AUGAUCCACUCACCGCCACCAAUGCCGUCACUGCGCCUGGUUACCUCAAUGCGCAACCCUCAUAUGCAGACGCUAUGCCAAGCGCAUUUUAUUGCCCUGCCGAGGGUUUGUACGCCGACGACUAUGACUGUCGUAUCUACUAUCGCUGCGAAGCGAAAACAAAUGACUACAUCAAAGCAUACGCAUUCGCAUGUAAAGUGGGCACCGUUUUCUCGCGCAAACUGCGCCUCUGUAUGCCACCCCAGUUGGCUGGCCGCGAGGAGUGCAACGAUUACAUGAACGAAAUUGAUACGGACAAUGGCGAUAAUGGUGAUGAUGGCCAACAACUGCCGCUACUGACAUAUGGUAUUGCCAAUAACGGUAAUGGCAUACAUGCGACCGCAAGCAAUACUGCCGCUGCCGAUGGCGCUGACGCUGACGCUGUCAAUGCCGCUGUAACGCGUGGUCAAUUGCAAAACUAUGGGCUGUCAGGUUUGGGCGGCGUUUCUGUUAUUUCCUUUUCCACAUCGGCGGCGCGUUCGGCGGAUGGCAGUAGGGCAGCGGACGAGCAAGGACCUCCUUGCGAAGAUGAUGGAUUUAUGAGCGAUCCAGACGAUUGCACAAUCUUCUAUCGGUGCAUUUCGAAUGGACGCAGUUUCAAUAAUNGUGGUGGUAAUCAAGAGGGUAGCAAUAACCAAUCGAAUGCGAAUAAUCAAUCUGGUUCAAGCAAUCAGUCGAAUUCUAACAAUCAGUCAGAAUCUAAUAACCAGUCAGGUAGCGAUAAUCAGUCUAGCUCAAGUAAUCAAUCUGGUUCAAGCAAUCAAUCCGGCUCGAGCAAUCAGUCAAGUUCUAACAAUCAAACAGGAUCUAAUAACGAGUCUGGUGCAAAUAACCAGUCUAGUUCAAAUAAUCAAUCCAGUUCAAGCAAUCAAUCCGGCUCAAGCAACCAAUCUGGUUCCAAUAAUCAAUCAAAUAACUCCAAUAAACCCGGCUCAGAUCCAGACUGUAAAAAUGACGAAACUUACAUCCCCGACGAAAAGGACUGCACAAAAUUCUAUCGUUGCAGAGAUAAUGGUAUCAGCGGCUUGGAGAAGGUGCCAUUCACCUGUGGGCCUGGUACAGUUUGGAAUCAGGAUGAGAAAGUCUGCGACAUUCCGACUAGCGAACAAAAGGAAAAAUGCAAAGCUGUGUUAAAUAUUGGGGGCUCCACCAACGCCACCAGCAAUAAUCAGCAGUCAAGCAACCAACAAUCCAGCAGCAAUCAACAAUCAGGCGGCGGUCAACAGACUUCCGGUAAUCAAACUACAUCAGGCAGCAGUCAACAAUCGUCGAAUAAUCAAAGCACGUCUGGUAGCAGCAAUCAGUCAUCGAAUAACAAUCAGAGCGCGUCUAGCGCUUCAGGCAGUCAGUCCAGCUCAUCUAACCAGUCCGGCACAAGCGGAGGUCAAUCAAGUUCUUCAAGCGGCAACCAAUCGAAUCAGCAACAAUCAGGCAAUGAACAACAGCAACAGUCAAACAACACAGCCACAACUCAGAAACCCUCCAAUCCGGAGGGCAUUUGCCAGGAUACCGAGACUUACCUAGCCGACAAGACAGAUUGUCGUCGAUUCUAUCGUUGUGUCGAUAACGGUAAUGGAGGUUUUGAUAAAAUACCAUUCGAUUGUGCACCAGGCACAGUGUGGGAUCCAGAUGUUUUAGGCUGCAACCAUCCAACCGAUGUACAAAAAGAACAAUGCAGUGUUAUGGCUAGUAGUGGCAGUGGUGCUGGUACGGAAUCGAGCCAACAAUCAUCGACUUCAAGCUCAAACCAACAGUCAUCAGGAGUCAAUCAAUCUGGCUCAAGUUCAAGUGGUUCAGGGCAACAGUCGUCUAGUAGUCAGCAGACUACGACAUCAAGUUCGGGCCAACAAACAACUGGCAGCAAUCAAUCCAGCUCAACCAGCAGUACAGGUUCUAGUCAGCAAUCAUCUAGUAAUAAUGAAUCAAGCACUUCCAAUCAAGAAUCUUCAAGCAGCACCAGCUCAAAUAGUACUCAGGAAAGUUCAACAAGUCAAAGUGGCAGCAGUAGCAGUACACAAGGAUCCAGUAGCAGUCAAAGUUCCGGUAGUAACCAGGGUUCCUCAACAACUCAGGGCUCCAGCACUAGUCAAGGCUCACAAACACAAGGCUCCUCUACAACGCAACAGGAAUCUUCAACAUCGUCAAGCGGCAACCAGCAAGGCAGCACAAACUCCACAACACAGGGAUCUGGCAGCUCGCAGUCGACAACCGCCAGCCCAGGAUCGACAAGCUCGCAAGGUACAACCACGCCAGCGCCUAUUCAAUCUAAGCCGUCCGGCAAUUGCGAUAGUAAAACACAAUUUUUGGGUGAUGAAAAAGAUUGUGCAAAGUUCUAUCGCUGCGUCGACAACGGCAAAGGGGGUUAUGAUAAGGUCGCUUUUUCAUGCGGACCCGGUACUGUUUGGGACAGCGCAAUAGCGGCCUGUAAUCAUCCGUGGGCGGUGAAGGAUAAAAAUUGUGGUAGUGGAGGUGCUACGCAAAAGCCUCAACCUACACAAGCGCCAGCAACCCAAUCACCGAGCACCCAACGUCCCACAACAAAUCGCCCUCAGCAGACAACAAAACCACCCACUCAAGUACAAAAACCCACCACCUCUCGUCCAACACAGACAACCACUACCAGUCGCCCAGGUGAUAGUACGCAAACACCCAUCGCACCACCACACACUGUAAGCACCCAACGUCCCAUACUCACUCAGGAUCUUUGUCGAGAGGAUGGUUUCAUUGGUGAUCCGAAAGACUGCACCGUGUUCUAUCGAUGCGUCAGCAACGGCCAAGGCGGAUUUACACAAUAUUCAUUUAAAUGUGGAGAUGGCACAGUUUGGGACAAUGAAUUGCAGACUUGCAAUCACGACUUAAAGAUGUGUAAUCCGAAUGCGGGCACCGGCAAACCAACUACUACUCCAGAACUAACAACUACAACCACGAGGCCUACGACGUCCUUGCCAACCACACAGGCGCAGUCUACUACUCAGACUCCGGGCCAUGAUUCUACAACGCAGUCAUUGCCGUCCANAUAUUCAUUUAAAUGUGGAGAUGGCACAGUUUGGGACAAUGAAUUGCAGACUUGCAAUCACGACUUAAAGAUGUGUAAUCCGAAUGCGGGCACCGGCAAACCAUCUACUACUCCAGAACUAACAACUACAACCACGAGGCCAACGACGUCCUUGCCAACCACACAGGCGCAGUCUACUACUCAGACUCCGGGCCAUGAUUCUACAACGCAGUCAUUACCGUCCUCGACUACAGAUGACGGCAAAUAUCCGGAGGGUUCAACAACACCAGCAACACCUACAACCUCAGCUACCUAUCCAACAACAAAACCAGAGUAUACCACAGCCUCUCCAAGGCCUACGAUUACAACCAGCCCAACAGAUUCUACCACGCAAUCCUCAUCAGAGUCUACUACAAGCGGCCAUGAUUCUACAACGCAGUCAUUACCGUCCUCGACUACAGAUGACGGCAAAUAUCCGGAGGGUUCAACAACACCAGCAACACCUACAACCUCAGCUACCUAUCCAACAACAAAACCAGAGUAUACCACAACCUCUCCAAGGCCUACGAUUACAACCAGCCCAACAGAUUCUACCACGCAAUCCUCAUCAGAGUCUACUACAAGCGGUGAUUAUGCAACGACCAUCGGUCCCAUACCAAAUCUGCCACCAGGUACCAAAUGCGAGGGUGAAGGUUUCAUGGCGGAUCCGAACAACUGUCGCAAAUUCUAUCGCUGUGUGAAUACUGCAGAUGGCUAUGUCCGGCAUGAAUUUACCUGCGCUAAAGGCACUGGGUGGAGUGAAGAGAAGCAGACUUGCGAUUACGCUGGCAACAUUGAUAGAUGUGCAGGUCAAACCGAGGAACCCGAGCCAGUUGAAACAACCACAAGUGGUAGUUACCAAACCACCACAUCUGGAUAUGAGAAGCCUACUACUACACAAUACCCAAGUACAACAACUAGUCAGCAAACUUCUACCGAAAGGCCAACAACAGCUAUACCUGAAACAUCCACACACGUGGCAACCACUACGAUUGCACCGAUACCAACAACCACAACGCCAGUGCCGACCACAACGACCACAUCAACAACCAGUCCGACGACAGAGGUGCCGACAACAUCUCAGCCAACAUCACCAAGACCCACAACAAUACCAACAACAGAAUCUACAACAACCGAGAGCGAUUCGACCACAACAUUGCAACCGACUUCAAACACGCCCGUACCAAACUUACCAGCAGGGCAAACAUGCGAAGGUGAAGGUUUUAUGGCUGAUCCUACAAACUGUCGUAAAUUCUACCGCUGUGUCCGAAAUGGCGACACCUAUAUCCGACACGAGUUCACUUGUGCCAAAGGUACUGGAUGGAGUGAGGAUAAGCAAACUUGUGAUUAUGCUGCAAACAUAGAGCGUUGUGGCGGCCAGACCGAAGAGCCCGAAACGUCUACAACAGCUACAGAGACGCCCUUUGAGAGUUCAACGACGACAAGACCCAGUGACUGGUCAACCACCACGCCACCCGCAUCUACCACACAAGCGCAAACGACAACUGUGCCGACGACAACGGUUCAAACUACUACUAUAGACUCGACAACACCACAAGAAAUUUCCACUACCACCGCUCCGACCACCACAAGUACACCACAGGGAACAACAACCACACAACUACCCAUAACUAGCACAACUAUUCAAGCAGAAACUACAGCGUAUCCAGUUACUUCGAAACCUGGAUAUAAACCCACACAAGCCACUUCAACAACAAGUAAACCUGCCACAGAAUACACCACAACACCGUCAUCAACCACUGAAGACUACCCUGGCACAACUGAAGAGCCUGUUAACUAUGUCUGCACUAGCGAAGGCUUCUUCGCAGACCCACAUGACUGCAACCGUUAUUAUCGCUGCGUUGACGCAAAGAAGAAUGGCAAGUAUCAAAUCUAUAGCUUCCGCUGCCCAGAGGGUACAGUUUGGGAUACGUCGUUGGAGACGUGCAAUUUCCCCGACAGUGUUUCGGGUAAUUGUUCGCAAACAGUUGUAACCACAACCGAGGGAUCUGCGACUGAGUCGGGAAAACCAUCGAAGCCAACGAAACCAACGAAACCGACCGAAAAGCCGACAACGGAGCAAACGAAUACUGAAACAACAACACAGCCGCCAAUUACAACUAUACAACCGACAACAGCUACACAACCGACAACAACUACACAGCAGGCGACAACUAUACAACCGACAACAACUACACAACAAGCGCCAACAACUACACAGCAGGCGACAACAACUCCAAUCACUACGACUACAACUACCGUCGCAACAACAACAACUACUCAACCUACCACUAUCCAAACAACUACAACUACGGAAUCAACAACGACUCUUCCUCCGGCAACGACAACUACCAAGCCAACUACUGCUCCAACAACAACGACUGAACAAUCAACUACCUCUUCUACACAAUCGUCCACAACCCCGCCAACAACAACAACUGCGCCCACAACAACAAUAACACCUGGUCCAGCAGCGAACGACUCCAAACCCUGUCCUCAAACAGGUGAAGGUCAAAAUCUGUUUGUCUGCCCGACAGGCUUCCGCCGAUAUCCGAAGAGCUGUGACUUAUUCUAUCAAUGCACCGAGAAAGCAGAAAGUUAUAAUCUAGCGAUAACAGUGUUUGAAUGUCCCAAAGGAACAGUGUAUGACGAGCGAAGGAAUCUGUGCGAUAAACCACCAAAGGGUGACAACUGUCUGGAGAAAGCGAUGACGCGUUCAGCAUUCUACGAGGAUCAAAUAAGGCGCCUAAAUAUGGUACAAAUACGUUCCAUUGGCGAGCCAAUGUGUCCCGGUGAAGGUCAUUUUGCGCUGAAUAAAGAUGAAUGCAGUCAGCUCUUCAUCAAAUGCGGCUACUCAGCGACGACGGAUCGUUUGGAAGGACAAGUCUUUCGUUGUCCGCAAGGAUUCGCCUACUGGGCGGUGAGUAGACGCUGCGAACGCGCUCAAAAGUUACUCAGCUGCACACCCGCUAAAUACGACACUGGCAGCGAUUUGCCAAUGGAAUGGUCGAACAUAGGAAAUAGGCGUAGAAGUUUAAAUAUUUAAAUACGCAUAAUUAUAUAAUUAUGAUUUGAUUACACAAUAUUUAUGGUUAUGUUUAUUUUUAAGCUAUAUACCACAUACACAUACGUAUGUAUUCCGAAUCGCAUCCGUGCAAAAUAUUCGAAUUGUUUGCGGCGCAUGCGCAACGUAUACACAAAAUAUGUACGGCAUGCGCCACAAAUGAUUCACGAAUAUUUUUUAUUAGUGAUUAAGUACAUAAAUAUUUUUAGUAUUUGUAAUUAUGGUACUGCGGGCAAGCCUUUUCACGGACAAUAAGUCUGAACUAAGUUAAGUCUGUUUUAGUUUAAUUUGAAAGUGCUUAGCAUUGGGUCAAACUCAUUUUGAAUGCGGUGUCGGUAUUUAUUAAAUUAAAAGAUAUAAAAUAUCAUAAACAUACAUACUUACUGGGCAAAUAUUACUCUUUAGGUAGAGAGUUAACAGCUCAGAGUUCAACUUCAAUUUAAUCAUUAAUUAGUUAUAGUAUAUGUAUGUAUGUGUAUGUCCUUAAUAAUUUAUUAAUAUUUUAAUGAUGCGUUAUAAGCGUUCCA